AUGUCGAGCAGCAGCAUGCCCUCCUCUGUGGCAGCCAGUAGUGCCAGCGCUGUUUCCCCUUGUCUCUCGUACCCCCUCCGCCUGCCCAGCUACCGCUCUUCAUCUGAUGGCGAUUCAGCACAAGUCAUUGUUCCUGCUUCCACCAACUAACUUAU